ACUCUGGAUGUGAAUGUAGCCACAUCCCAGCUUUACUCUCCUUUCCACUUAUCAGAUUUCCUCAUGAUUAAUAGGUGUUAGUCAUUUUUACUCCAAAUAAGGGGAAGUUCCAGCUUUCGUUUUGUUGUUACACAAGGUUAUUUACGGCUCACCGUGGGAGGAAAUUUAAAAGAGUGCCUUCAUAUAGCUCGUACGUGAGGCUUUGGCUCGUCUGACGUCAGUAGAUCUCUUGACUUCAUGAGUCCUUCAUGAUGACUUGGUCAGUGGAGCCCACAGAUGGCUCAGGUAGUUGUCUACCAUCUUCUGAAGGGCUCCCUACUUGAAAACGGCAACUAAAAGGGUUAAAAGAGUGAUUUCACCUCUUUAUUUUCGACGAGCAGCCAAAAAUCACUAGGGUAGAACGUGCAGUUUUUACAAUUCUUAGCAAAUUUCGUUCAAACUUUCACAUUUUGUUCUAGCAUCUGCAACCCUUGACUGCUUUUCCUUUCCAGCCAGGCAUCGGAAAUUUACGUUUCGCGUUGUCCAGUAUUUAUGGAUGUCUAAAUUCCUGGACGGUAAAAAGGAUUCAGAAGUGCAAGGAGACCAACCUUGGAAGAUUGAACAUCUGGAGAGUUGCAUGCAGUUCUUAAAAAGCUCUGCGCUGAACCCAAAAGCAGCAACAGAUCAAGAAAUACAACUUUUCCUGUUCACAGCAUCAGGCAGGUUUUGUAUAUACUGGACACAAACCUGCGAACUGAAGGAACAUCAUCCAACAGAGCAAAAGCCUCCUCUAUGAGUUCUAGAAACAUCUGAAUGGCUCUGCAAGCUAUUCAACAACUUUUUGGAAUCAUGUGGACAAGGAAAAUGAACCUACUAUCCAUACUGCUAAUCACAGCUGUGUUCAUGACUUGCUUUUGUGAGACGACAGGAGCUGAAGAUGAUGUUACACCACGCUUAACCUUCUCAUACGAUUCGAAGGAGAGGUCAGCCAAAAGAUUCGCUUCAGACGGGGUCUUCAAUUACACCUCUCUGCUCCUCAGCCCAGAAGAUGGUAUGCUGUACGUUGGUGCUAGGGAAGCUCUGUUUGCCUUAAAUCUCUCUGAUAUCAGCAAAGCGAAGCUGCAGAAGAAUUUGACAUGGAGUACCCCAAAAAAGAAAAGAGAAGAAUGCAGUUUCAAGGGAAAGGACCUGCAGACGGAUUGCUUCAAUUAUAUCAAAAUUUUAUUGCGACUCAACAGCACGCACCUUUAUGUGUGUGGGACAUAUGCCUUUAGUCCUGUCUGUGCAUACAUAAACACCUUGGACUUCAGCCUUGUGAGAAGUAAGAUGGGAGAGAUUGUGAUGGAGGACGGCCGCAGUCGCUGUCCCUUCAAUCCAGAGUAUAAAUCAACAGCCAUCAUGGUUGAUGAAGAAUUGUAUGCUGGCACAGUUAGUAACUUCCAAGGAAAUGAGCCCAUCAUUUACAAGAGCCUUGGCCAAGGGACUGCCUUAAAAACAGAAAAUUCACUGAACUGGCUUCAAGACCCGGUCUUUGUGGGCUCCGCUUACAUCCAGGAGAGCCUGCCCAAGGGCAACCCAGAUGGUGAUGACGACAAGAUUUACUUUUUCUUCAGCGAAGCGGGGAAGGAGUUUGAUUUCUUUGAUAACACCAUUGUUUCACGCAUCGCUCGUGUGUGUAAGGGAGACAUAGGAGGGGAAAGGGUCCUGCAGAAGAAAUGGACCACCUUCCUGAAGGCCCAGCUCCUCUGUUCCCUCCCUGACGAUGGCUUUCCUUUCAAUAUCAUCCAAGACAUGUUCGUACUGCAGCCUGACAAGGAGAACUGGAAGAACACCAUGUUCUAUGGAGUUUUCACGUCCCAAUGGUACAAAGGUGCAUCAGGGAGCUCAGCAGUGUGCGCCUUCAAAAUGGAGCAGGUGCAGAAGGCGUUCGGCGGUCGCUACCGUGAGGUCAAUCGGGAGACACAGCAGUGGUAUACCUACAACCACCCUGUCCCUGAACCGCGGCCAGGAGCGUGCAUCACUAACGCUGCUCGGAAGAUGAACAUCCCCUCCUCGCUGCACAUGCCCGACAAGGUGUUGAACUUUGUGAAAGACCACUUCCUGAUGGACACCGUGGUGCGUAGCACGCCCCUCCUGCUGAAGCGCAGCGUGAGCUACACUCAGAUCGCCGUGCACAGGGUCCAGGCCCUGAACAAAGCAUACGACGUGCUGUUCAUUGGCACAGAUGAUGGAAAAUUGCACAAAGCUAUCAACACAGAUGACAAGAUGCACAUCGUUGAAGAAAUUGACCUGUUUCCUCAACCUCAACCUGUACAGCAUAUUGAACUGGACUCGGAAAAGGGCAUGCUGUUUUUGUCCUCCUACUCGGGCUUGGUGGAGAUCCCUGUAGCCAACUGCAGUAAUUAUCAGAGCUGCGGGGAAUGCAUCUUGUCCCGAGACCCCUACUGUGCCUGGACAGGGAAGCAAUGCCUCGAUAUCACGCACUGGCCCCCUCAGGGCCACUGGCAGCAGGAUGUGGAGGAGGCCAACACAUCUGCCAUCUGCAACAGAACAACAGCCAGCCCCCGCUCUCUAAAGCCUGCAGUCACACAACCUUCUGUGUGCCAGGAAGUCCUCAUCCCAGCCAACACCUUCAAAGUCCUGCCUUGCCACCUGCGCUCCAACCUUGCAAAGAAGAAGUGGGAGUAUAGUGAGAGUGCCAGUCGCUUCCUGUACAUCAGCCAAGAUGGAGGGCUUGUGGUGGUGGCCCAGGGUGACAAAGCAGAGAUCUACCAGUGCUGGUCUGUGGAGGAAGGCUUCCAACAACUUCUGGCCAAUUACUGCGUGAGAGCUGAGGGUCGGACAGAAACCACCACACUGACCGGGCACUCUCGGACCGCACAGAUCCACAAAGACACCAUCAUCCUUCCGGGCGAGGAACGAUUGUCUUCGGUCAACACGAAGACCUACUGGAAUGAACUUAUCAUUGUGUGCACCCUGCUGGGCUUCUCCCUUGUGGUAUUCUCCUUGUUUGUGGUGUACAGAAACAGAGGCCGCAUGAAGUCCAUGUUGAAGGAGGGCGAGUGCCCCAACAUGCAGCAGAUGAAGCCUAGGAUGGUGGGUAAGCCAACUGAGAGCUUACCGCUAAAUGGCAACACACUUCCAGCAUCCACCUCUGACCACAAGGGGUACCAAACCCUCAAUGACAACUACUUCUGCAGCACACCCACGCUUGACUCCUCCCCUGACAACAGCAAGAGCUUCUCGGAGUCGGAGAGACGGCCACUGAAUUUCAAGGAAAGUCACGUGGAGAUCUCGCCCACCUGCCCCCGUCCCCGGGUGCGACUGGGGUCAGAGAUAAAAGACUCUAUUGUAUAAGGAACCCAUUAAACAGCAGCAGUCAGAUAUCAAAUCAAAGUGGCUAAUGGAAGAUGGUGUUCCUUCAGCAUAAAGCAGUAAAAACACACACAAAAAAAAAAAAAAAAAAGAGGGAAACACUACAAUCUUCAACCACAUGACAGAGGGACAUUUCUUUUGUCUUAUUUAGUCCAUCUUUAUUUGCCUUCUGGUCUUGUGAGGGGGUAGCACUUCUUUUUUCAUUCCAAAGUCACUAUCUCCUUUCCAGCGCACUCUUCAGAGUGAAGCGCUCCGCCAUAUUAUUUUUCCCUUUUGCUACGAUUCUGAAAGUGAACAGCGAGACAUAAUGUGGCGAACAUCUAACAGAUCCAUCUGGGGCUGCUCACGAUUUCUUAGGAGAGGUGUAAAAUCUUUGUUGAUGUUUUCAUGGCCAUCCAGUCUCAUUUAUUGCCUUAUUCUAGAGAAAGGAGAAAGAUCCAUGAAAUCAAACACAGUAUCUGCACCAGAGCAUCAAGAGUUGAUCUUUGAAUUACAAGGAUGAUGCGAGUACAACAUUCAACGAAACAAGAAGGCAUUCCUAUGUAAAAUAACAGAAGUAGCAGUUCCCAGGUGAUUCAGGGUCAGCAGAGAAUGUGUCUGUUUUCACAUCUUUUCGGAAAAAGAGAGUUGUUUCCUCUUGGCGAUCUGUCAAUUAACUUUAAAGAAGAAGACAGAGGUUCUGGAGAUGUAGUUUUGGACAUAACCACAAAAUCCAGAGAGGACCUGGACCUAGAUUUCACCUAUGGAACGUCACAGCACAAGCACACUAUGCAAACCAACGUAACAUGAAGAUGUGGGGAGCCCAGAUUUAUCAACAAAUGUAAUUCAUUCAUGGUGGGAACUGUACCCAGAAAAUGUGCAUGUGAACGUCUCCAAGGGGGCCACAUCAUAUUUCCUCAGUAUUUCCCAGAGGUAUAGCGCACAGACACAAACAUCAUUCGGUUUUGCAAUUCUGAGCCAUUUGUGUGAAAAGAGGAGCUGUGAGAAAACUUUCCUUGGAUGUUGCUUGGCCUUGCUACACUAUGUAAGCAUCAUUGACUCAGUAUUCACUGACCACGCUAACACAGUGUACAAUGUGUCAGAACCCCCGGGAGCCAGGGGUGCCCGCUAGGACGAGGAGCAACAAUGGCAUAAAGCAGAGCUGCUCUGACUUAUCUAGGCAGGUCACUAGUUUGCGCCUGCUCUGUGUGUGUGAUAGCCCAUUGGAAACCCGGCAAGUUUGGUCUGCCACCCGGACAUAACCAAAAGCACUGCGCUUUGUGCCAAAACUGCUUCCGUUUCCAUUUGUGUUGUCAUGAACUCUGACAUUUUCCUUACUCAUCCAGGCAGACUUGCCUGGGCCACUUAGUCGCCUCGAAACAGAGGAACACGGAGAGCAUUUAUGCUCGGCCAGAGAUUAUUGGUUGGUUAUGCUCAGCUGCAGCAUGACCACAUGGAGAAUGUAAAAGUUGCUAAAUGUCUGUUGCCCUUGGUGGCAGAGGAAGCAAAGGAUGGUACUCUGCCUCGGACCAACUGUCUGAUCACCACCAUGACGUGGCCAAACCAUUUCCAGCCCCACUGUCCUCUGCUGAUAAUGUUCUGGGGCCCAGAGGAACCGGAGCGUGGGAGAGUGGGCUGUUAACUCACGGGACGUUGCUUAUGAGAAUCCUUUGCACAUUUCCGCAAAAAAGCAAAGCUAGAGGAACAGAGGCCAGUGACACAACUACUGAGAAGCAGAAGACAUGAAAGACAGAUGACAGACAAGUCCAACGUUCCAACCUACUGCAACAGGGAAAAUGACUUUUGAAAAAGUUAUUCUCUAAAGUGAAAUAUAUUGACCCAUAGUAGGAAUCUCGACAUAAAUCUCAUUUUCCAAAGAAAAAAAGUGAGAAAAUAAUUUAACAUGUACCAGAGCUAUUUAAAACUGGAAUGUAUGAAUUAACUAAGUAUUCCAAAGCCAAUCUUUAAUAAAAGUGAUGUUUUGUCUUAUUUAAUUAUUUUCCGUAAUUUGAUAUUUGUAUGGGAAGUUUGUUUGACAAAGUAGCUGUGCAAAAGCAUACUGCGUGCAAAGUUGAAAUGGUUGUGCGUGUAUAUAUGUACAUGUGUACUGAAUUUGAGGGACCUUGUGCAAAAUAUGUUGUUAUAGAAUUAAGUGUCCAACUAGAGGCUGAAUAUUGCAUUGCUUUUAAGGGGCCAAGUGUCAUGUGGGUUUAGGCACUGAAUUUUUCUAUAAUUUUUCUCUGCCACAAAAAUUACUAGAAAUUUUACAUGGUAUGAGGAUGGUCUUGGCUAUUUACAAGACAAUUAAUUUGCGUAAUUCCAAAUUUGCAUACGUCCCCAAUAAAAAGCCCCAUUUCUGUUUUGACUGAUACAAAAGGAUUCAGAGGGAGACAACAAGAGGCUGAUAAUUAAAUGCAACAAGAGAGACCAUUAAUCCUUUCUUCUGGAAAACCGCUCACAUGGUUGAUACCUAUGAUUUAGUCUAAGCAAACAUUUUGCAAAAGAUUCGUAAUCAGACUAAAAUGCAAAUGGAUAUACUUGCAUGACCUUUGUGUUUGAGCACACAUUACUCAUUAAAAUUACUUUAAAGUACAGUAUCAAGGCUAAAUCUCUAGUAACAGUAACGCGUUCUGGCAAAUUUGCUUGGCGUCUAAUUGUUGUUUGCAGCUAUCUAAUGUUUUAUUGUUUUUAUAUUUUUUGUUUUGUUUUUCAAGAAUGCCUUGGUUUUGCACAGUAUACUGUACGUCGUAGCUUGCAGUGGGGUUAGUCAUUGUAAUAAGUUCAACACUUCUAUUAAAAAAAAAAAAAAAAA